AUGUAAUAAUCACAUAACUCAGUAUAUUAAUUGAAAAUUGUGAACACUGAAACCAGGUCAGAUAUUGUUUACUACCAAAUUUAAGUAUUAUAUGGCAUAAUAUCUAAGGUGUUAAAUACUUAAACCAAAGUCUCAUGGAGUUUUGAAGAAAGGUAUAAAAGUCUGAACAAUCUACACACUCAAUUAUCUUCAGAACUUAAACAACAACUUCCCUCUUUUCCAGCCAAAAAAUUUUUCGGAAAUACUGAUCCUGAAUUUAUUUCUACCAGAAAGGCUGGAUUAUAGAACUAUUUUAAGACAUUGCUUCAAAUUGUGGAUGCAGAUUAGUGUCGAACUCUCAAGAAAUUCUUGACCAAAGGAGAACAAAAGCAUAUCAAGGAUCAACAACAGCCUUUUAAAGAAGACACUAUUAAGCAAAACGAUAAUUUAGGUAAUGCGUCUUCAAUAGAAAAAAUCCAAUAAUAAAAGUAAUAGGAAAAUGAGAGGAUAAAGAAAGAAUUAAAGGAAAAAUUAGCAGCUGCAACCUAGUCGAUCAAAUCAAAAUUUGUAGAUUUAGGUAAUCUAGUCAAUCCUCCAGAAGAAUCUGAUAUCAAGAAGAAGAGGGCAAUUUAUGAUUAAAUUCGUUUAGAACCAAAAGUAAGUAUUAAAUCUUAUUACUUAGAAUGGUUAAGUUAAUAUAGAUAUUCCAAAACCAAGUUAAUAAUCAAAAAUGAUGAUUGCUUAAUCAACUAUCGAACAAACAUAGCCAAAAUUGAUAUAGUUGAUUUCAUAAUUACAAGCAGGAGUCGAGAGCAUUAUCGGAAUUUGAGUAUUUACAUAAGCACAAG